UCGUAAAUACUAGGUAAUGAGCGACCAGCUACCCAAAGCUAAAACUUUGGCUUUGCAUACUUCUAUGGAAAAGAAAGAAAACAUUGCAUUGAUCGCUAAACACAAAAACAAAGGGAAACCCUCCAAAACUCUAACUAAAAUCAAACCAAACCCAACCUAAAAGAACACAAACUCAACUACCACGUCAUCACAUUCCUCAACCGGUAAUUUGGUUGGAACUUGGAACCUCCGCCUGGUUUCGAUAUAUUCGAGAAACCCAACAAAUACUAAAUAAAACAAAAACUCAAAACCCAUCUUCUCUUCUCUAUUCAUUUCAUAUUACAAUAAUCAAACAAAUCUACUUCUUCUUUUCAACACUGCUAGGAACUGAAUCAAAAUGGCUCACCUUCUCAACACUUCUUUCGUUCCCUCUUCCCAAGCCCUUCUCCGGAACCCUUAUCUGCCUCCUGGAGUCUCUAUUUCCGGUCGCCGGAGCAGGGCUCGAGUCCAUGCCAAGAUCCGCGAGAUCUUCAUGCCUGCAUUGAGCUCCACCAUGACCGAGGGUAAGAUCGUGUCUUGGGUCAAGUCCGAGGGUGACAAGCUGGCUAAGGGUGAGAGCGUAGUCGUGGUCGAGUCGGACAAGGCCGACAUGGAUGUCGAGACCUUUUAUGAUGGUUAUUUGGCUGCAAUUAUGGUCGAGGAAGGCGGCGUUGCUACUGUUGGUUCUGCCAUUGCGCUUUUGGCGGAGACAGAGGCUGAGAUCGAUGAGGCCAAGGCCAAAGCUAAUUCCUCUUCGUCGGCGGCUUCUGUGGCGCCGCCAGAGCCGGAGGCGGAAAAAAUCUCCGAAAAUGUGGGUCCAGUCACGAAGACGCCGUCGCUGGUUUCGGUAGUGGCUUCUUCAGCUCAUCCGGCGUCGGAUGGAGGGAAGAGGAUUGUGGCGUCACCUUAUGCGAAGAAACUGGCGAAGGAGCUUAAGGUGGAUUUGGGGGGAGUUGUCGGAAGCGGGCCAUUGGGGAGAAUUGUGGCUAAGGAUGUGGAGGCAGCGGCUUCAGCAGCUGUUGAGUCGACGGUGACGGCUGCAGUUGGUCCGGCACCUGGCAGUGGAGCUGCAGCAUCUCCUGCUAUUGAGUUGGGAACUGUGGUGCCUUUUACUACAAUGCAGGGUGCAGUGAGCAAGAACAUGAUUGAGAGUCUGUCAGUUCCCACUUUCAGAGUUGGGUACACUAUCACCACUGAUGCACUUGAUGCUCUUUACAAGAAGGUGAAGUCAAAAGGAGUUACUAUGACUGCUUUGCUUGCCAAGGCUACAGCACUUGCACUGGUCCAACAUCCUGUAGUAAAUUCCAGUUGUAGGGAUGGUAACAGCUUUACUUAUAAUAGCAGUAUCAAUAUUGCUGUUGCUGUUGCUUUGGAUGGUGGAUUGAUCACUCCAGUGCUUCAGGAUGCUGAUAAGGCUGAUAUUUACUCAUUAUCAAGAAAGUGGAAAGAAUUAGUUGAUAAGGCCAGGGCCAAGCAGCUCCAACCUCAGGAAUACAAUACAGGUACUUUCACUCUUUCAAACCUUGGAAUGUUUGGGGUUGACCGGUUUGAUGCAAUUCUUCCACCAGGAACUGGUGCAAUUAUGGCUGUUGGGGCAUCUCAUCCUAAUGCUGUUGCUACCAAGGAUGGUAGGAUUGGCAUGAAAAGCCAAAUGCAGGUUAAUAUCACGGCUGAUCAUCGUGUAAUCUACGGUUCCGAUCUUGCUUCGUUCUUGAAAACAUUGGCAAGCAUUAUAGAAGACCCCAAAGAUCUUACUUUCUAGUCCUACAGUUACCAAAAUGAGCCCUUUUAGUUUUCCGUCGUUGUUUGAGAUCUUUUUGAGUCAUGAGGGUUGGACUAUUUAUCGUGAUAUGUAGUGAAGAAGCUUGGUUGAGGAAAAUACAUAGAGUUAAGUAGUAUCUGUCUGGAAGAACAGUAGAAGAAUUUUGGAGAUUUAUUCUUAUAGAUUUCAUUUUCAGUCAUGUCCAGAGGAAACUCAUAUUCUCUAUCUUCUUUUUCUUUUUCUUUUGGAAAACGAACACAUUUUGUUUGUAACUUGUAUGUUGUAACAAAUUCUCUUUACUGCUGGCCAGUCGCUUGUAAGGAUGACCAAAAAGUUCUUUCA